AUGACACCCCCCUCCUCCCCCCCGCUCUCCAUCAUCAUCAUCGGCGCCGGUUUCGCCGGCCUCACUGCCGCAAUCGAAUGCCACCGCAAAGGCCUCACCAACCUCGUCCUCUUCGAAAAAUCCCCCUCCCUCUCCCCCCUAGGCGACAUAAUCUCCUUUGGCCAAAACUCCUCCCGCAUCUUCACCAACUGGGGCAACCUCCCCGACCUCCUCUCCCCCAUCAUCCACAAAGCCGACCAAGUCCACUUCCACGACUCCUCCGGCCGUUUUGUGACAACCCAAUCCUUCAAAGAAGAACACCUCGCCUGGGGUGAGAGAAUAAACGGCCACAGAGGGGAAAUCCACUCUUUAGUCUACUCCCACGCCCUCUCCCUCGGGAUCCCCAUCCGGUUGGGGGUGACAGUGACAAAAUACUUUGAAACCCCGUCCCACGCAGGGGUUGUCACCUCCUCAGGGGAAGCUCACACCGCAGACCUCGUCAUCGCAGCCGAAGGCGUCCGUUCCAAAGCCAGAACCCUCAUCCUUGGGGAAGAAGACCACCCCCUCCCCUCAGGCUACGCCGUCUUCCGGUCUUGGUUCCCCACCCCCCUUUCUUUUUUUUCUUCCCCCUUAACAUCCCACCUCGUCUCAAGAGGCGACACCCACAACGCCUGGAUCGGCACCGACGUCCAUUUUUUAGCGGCGAGCAUCAAGAACGGCAAAGAAAUCUCCUGGGUGUGCACCCACGUCGACACAUCCGACAUAUCCGAAUCAUGGCAAUUCCCCGGUUCGAAACCAGCCGCGCUUUCGCUCCUCCAAAACUGGGAUCCGGUCGUGAAGGAACUGGUCAAGGCUACUCCCGAGGAGAGACUGUUUGACUAUAAGCUUGUCUUUCGCGAUCCCUUGCCUACGUUUGUCUCACCGGAGGGGAGGACGAUACUUGUCGGGGACGCGGCGCACCCUUUUUUGCCGACGUCGAUUCAGGGGGCGAGUCAGGCUAUGGAGGAUGGGGUGGUGCUGGCGGUUUGUCUUGAUAGGAUCAAGGGGGAUGGGACAAAGGUGAAGGAGGCGGUGAGGGUGUGGGAGGGUUUGAGGUAUGAGCGGGUGCAUCGGGUGCAAAAGACUGGGGUUACGACGAGGGAGCAGUGGCAUAAGGCGGAUUGGGAUGUCAUUUGGAAGGAGCCGGAGGUGUUGCAUUUGAAGCGGGAGGGGUGGAUACUGGAUUUUGAUUCGGAGAGGGAUGCUGAGGAGAGGUAUGAGAGGGUGAGGGAGGGGUUGGUAAAGGAGGGGAGGUUGUGA